CAACCUUUUUGCCAAAAUAAUUCUUCGAACUUGAAAAAUAAUGAUUUGCAGCUUCAUUCAACAAAAUUCAUGAAUUAUCAGCAUAAAAGUUAUUACCAGAUAUAAUAAUUUGUAAAGAUAAUUAUAAAUAGUAGACAAAAACCUACUGUGAUUUCUUCCCCCAAUUCGCCGAUUUCUUCCUUGCUCUCCUUCCGAUUCUUCCAAACCCGCUGUGUUGCCGUCUGCUCCUUCUCCCCCUACCAGUUCCGGUGCUGCAGGGAUUUCAGCCUCUGACCGACGCUCAAAGACUCCAGCAGCCGCCGUCGUCGAUCGUGAAAUUUCCGUUAAAACGGGCUCAGUCUCGCCGAACCGCCGCCGCCGGGCAGAAUCUACGGCUCGAGGAUUGCAAUGGUGCUGUGAGGGGGCAGGUUCGAAGAGGACGUCGCUGUCGUGGAUAGUGGUGGAAAUCAUUCAAGAGCUAGAAGAGAAGAUGGUGAGCGCGCCCAAUUAGAUGCCUCUUUUCCCCCUCUCUUUUCAAAAUUGAAAAACAAUGAUGUUACAGUGCUGCGGCAGUUCUUUGGCACAAGCUUCAACUCCAUCUUCUUCACCAUGUAAGCUUCGCAGCCUUCGCCCCACUACGAGCUCGCUAUUUUGGAGGUUUAGUUGUCACCAAUACCAUGGUAAAGAUGUGGUUUUUCUAGGGUUUAAGCUCCAGUGUCUUUCCAAGGACUUAUAUUUGUCCCAAAAAAGCUUGAAUAAAGGAAAAAAGAAGAAGUACGGUGGCGUUUUGCCGGUGAUUUUGCGGGAAUUGGGGGGCAGGAGAGAUGUUGAAACCCUUCUCGAUUCCUAUUGCGGGAAGCUCAAUCCCAAGGAGCAAACUUUGAUUCUCAAAGAGCAGAGUAGGUGGGAUAAGGUAAUUAGGGUUUUUAAUUGGUUUAAAUCCCAGCAAGAUUAUACCCCAAAUGUGAUACAUUACAAUGUGGUGCUUCGCGCAUUGGGUAGGGCUCAGAAAUGGAAUGAGCUGCGCCUCUGCUGGAUCGAGAUGUCCGAGAAGGGUGUUGUGGCCACGAACAACACGUAUGGGAUGCUUGUGGAUGUGUAUGGGAAGGCAGGGCUGGUGAAGGAGGCUCUUUUGUGGAUCAAGCACAUGAAACUAAGGGGGGUCUUCCCCGACGAGGUCACAAUGUCCACUGUCAUUAAGGUGUUGAAGGAUGCGGGCGAGUUUGAUAAGGCGGAUAAGUUCUAUAAGGAUUGGUGUGUUGGGAGAGUUGAGCUGGAUUAUCUAGAUUUUGAGAGUGAUGAGGAAGCUUUGAGUUUGAAGCAGUUCUUGCUGACUGAGCUCUUCCGAAGUGGGGGGAGAUUUUUAGAUUUUGGUGGUGUGGAGGAGAGUGAUGUGACGUGGAAGCCGCGCCUGACGAAUACUUAUAACACGCUCAUUGAUUUGUAUGGGAAGGCGGGGCGUUUGGAGGAGGCUGCGGGUGUGCUUUCUGAUAUGUUGAAGGCCAGUGUGCCAUUGGAUGUUUUCACUUUUAACACUAUGAUUUUCAUAUGUGGGAGUGAGGGGCAUUUGUCUGAGGCAGAGGCUUUGCUUGAUGCAAUGGAGGAGAGAGGUAUUAGACCGGAUACGAAGACGUGUAACAUUUUUUUGAAACUUUAUGCUGAUUUAGGGGAUGUAGAUGCAGCUCUAGGGUGGUUUAGGAAGAUUAGGGAGUUUGGUCUUUUCCCUGAUGAUGCAACACAUAGGGUUGUGAUCAAGAUUUUGAGUGAGCGUAAUAUGGUUGAAGAAGUUGAAUCUGUGAUCCAAGAAAUUGAGAGGUUCGGGAAAUGUGUUGAUCAGAGUUCUCUGCCAUUGCUUGCUAAGAUGUAUGUUGGUGUUGGGAUGAAUGAGAGAGUGAAGUUGUUGAUUGAGAGGGUGAAGUCCCGUGGUGGCUUUUCAUCGAGGAUUUAUGCAGCUCUCCUCGAUGUUUAUGCUGAGAACGGGCUUUGGGCUGAAGCUGAGGCUUUGUUUUAUGGCGAGAGGGAUGGAUUUGGGCAGAAGAGGGAUGUGUUGGAGUAUAAUGUGAUGAUCAAAGCUUAUGGUAAGGCUCAAAUGUACGACAAAGCAAUCUUUCUUUUCAAGAGCAUGAGGAAUCAAGGAACUUGGCCGGAUGAGUGCACGUACAACUCUAUUAUCCAGAUGCUUGCUGCAGGUGGUUUAGCGGACAGAGCAAGAGAAUUCUUGAAUGAAAUGAUGGAUGCAAGAAUUAAGCCUUCAUGCUUGACGUUCUCUGCCGUGAUUGCUAGGUUUGCAGAGAAGAAAAGCUUCUCUAUUGCAAUUGAUGUGUUGCAAGAGAUGCUUCUGUUAGAUGUGAGACCUAACGAGAUCGUGUAUGGCUCGUUGAUCAAUGCGUUUGCAGAGGAUGGGAAGUUUGAGGAAGCAAAUGAGUACUUCAAGACCAUGGAGGACUCUGGGAUUUCUCCUAACCAAGUGAUCAUGACUUCAAUGAUCAAGGCUUAUGGUAAAAUCGGAUCCGUUGAGGGGGCGAGGGGGAUGUAUGAGAGGAUGCAGAUGCUCGAUGGGGGCCUGGAUAUCGUGGCAUCUAACAGCAUGCUGAAUGUGUAUGCUGAAUUGGGGGUGCUUUCUGAGGCUGAGGCAAUGUAUGAUCAUCUGAGGGAGACGGGUUUGGCCGAUGGGGUCACCUUUGCUACCAUGAUACUCGUCUACAAGAACAUGGGGAUGCUCGACUCAGCCAUUGAGGUAGCGGAGCAGAUGAGGGAGUCGGGUUUCUUGAGAGACUGCGUUGGUUACAACAAAGUCAUGGCAUGCUAUGCUGCACACGGACAGCUUGUCGAGUGCGGCAAGCUUUUGCAAGAGAUGGUGGUGGUGGGGAAGGUCGCCCCAAACAAGGAGACAUUCAAGGUCCUCUUCACGGUCUUGAAGAAGGGCGGUGUCCCGGCUGAGGCUGUGCGCGACCUACAAACAUCCUACUACGAUGGCAGGCCGUUUGCCAAGCAGGCGGUGUUGACCUCGGCUUUCUCCAUUGUGGGGUUGCACGCCUACGCUCUCGAGUGGUGCGGGAUUUUUAGGAAGGAGGAAGUAGGGUUGAGGUCGAACGCUUCUGCUUACAAUGCUGCUAUCCGGGCGUACGUUGCUUACGGGAAGAUAGAUGAUGCAUUGAAGAUGUUCAUGAGGAUGCAGGACGAAGGGGUCGAGCCCGAUGUUGUGACGUUGAUCAAUCUCGUGCAUUGCUAUGGGAGAGCUGGGAUGGUCGAGGGGGUGAAGCGCGUGCACAGCCAGUUGAAACAUGGGGAGGUCGCGCCUAGUGAGGCGCUGGUGAAGGCCGUGGUCGAGGCUUACAAGAACACGAAACGGCCUGAUCUUGCGGAGCUGAUCACGCAGGAGAUGAAGCUUGUUUCUGAGUUUGAGCAGUUUGCAGAUUGUGGAAGCGAAGAUAUUGAUGAAAGAGAUAUACCUUUAGCUUGUGGAAGGCCAGAACAGAGCGAAGAAGAUUCCUGGUGUCAAGAAGGUCCUUUCAUUGUGAUUAGCCCUCUAAAAUUUUGAUGCCAUGCUAACUAUGGUUUUACUUGCAUCAUUGUGUGGAAAGAUGAAAUAACUACUUUAGGAUUUUAUGUAUUUUGGUUUUUGCAAUCUUGAAGAUCAUCAUUAAGAGCGUUAGUUUUUAUCUGUGAUGAAUCAAAUUUACCAUCUAUCUUAGAUUAUGUAUUUUUGGCUGAAGUGAUUCACAACCUGUAUCAUUUGUUGUU